UUGCCGAUCUGCCCCCGGCUCCUGGCAAUAAGAGACGCCGUCGCGCCCGGGCUUCCGGGAAGGGACGAGGAGCGGUGCCAGGGCGACCUGCCGGCUAUGCCUCCCGCCGCUACGAUUCCCGCCGGCGACCGCGCGCCUGCGGCCUCGGGGGCGCAGCGGGGGCCCGGGGAGGCCGCGCUUUGAGGUCCCCGGUGCCUAGCGCCCGCCGCGGCAGCGCCGGAGAAUCCCGGGGCCGGCGCUCGCCCGCCUUCCGUCUCCCUCGCACUCUGACGCCCAGCGUCGCCUCACUUCCUCCGCCGCCGCCCGCCAUGGCCUCCGCCGCCCGGGAGGGCGUGGGCUCGGGGCGCAGGCGCCCGCCGCCGCGCCGGGCACUGCCCGGCCUGUUGCUGCUGUGCUUGUGGCUGCCCGGUGGCCGCGCAGCCGGCUCGCCCUCCGCGCCGCUGUCCGAGCUGCACGCGCAGCUCUCGGGAGUGGAGCAGCUGCUGGAGGAGUUCCGCCGACAGCUGCAGCAGGAAAGGCCGCAGGAGGAGCUGGAGCUCGAGCUGCGCGCGGGCGGCGACCUCCAGGAAGGCUGCCCGGGCCCCGGGGGCGGCGGCUACAGGGCCAGGCCCGACGCCAUCAUCCGCACCAAGGACUCGAUCGCGGCCGGCGCCAGCUUCCUGAGCGCGCCGGCGGCCGUGCGGGACUGGCGGCAGUGCCUGCGGGCUUGCUGCCUCGAGCCGCGCUGCUCCGUGGCCGUGGUGGAGCUGCCCCGGCGGCCCGCGCCCCCGGCCGCCGCACUCGGCUGCUAUCUCUUCAACUGCACCUGGCGCGGCCGCAGCGUCUGCAAGUUCGCGCUGCACCGAGGUUACAGCAGCUACAGCCUCAGCCGCGCCCCAGAGGGCGAGCAGGAAGGCCUGGAAGCCGGCGCCCCGGCCCUCGCCCGGGCCUCGCCUCGGCUGGAAAAGGAUGAGCCUCCACUCAGCAAGGCAGGGCAGGAUGUGGUUUUGCAUCUGCCCACAGAUGGCGUGAUUCUGGACGGCCGAGAAAGCACAGAUGACCACGCCAUCGUCCAGUAUGAGUGGACACUGCUGCAAGGUGACCCGACAGUGGACAUGAAGGUGCCUCAGUCCGGAACCCUGAAGCUGUCCCACCUGCGGGAAGGAACAUACACCCUUCAGUUGACAGUGGUGGACACUGCUGGGCAGAGGAGCUCCGACAACGUCUCAGUGACCAUGCUUCCCGUGGCCUUCUCCACAGGAGGAUGCUCGAGUGUCUGCUCACGCUACCACUUCUUUUGUGACGACGGCUGUUGCAUUGACAUCACACUGGCUUGCGACGGAGUGGAGCAGUGUCCUGACGGGUCUGAUGAAGCUUUCUGUCAAAAUCUGAGCGCUGGCCGAGAGAUGGAGACCCACACGACCCCGGCACAGCCUAGAAGCCCAGGGCCAGGCGCAGAGGCAGGCCAGAGCGCGUCGCCUGAAAAGUCGGAGAAACCUGCCACCCCAAAACAGACACCUGAACAAUCAAUCACAGAGAAGAAGAAUCAUUCCACCUUUGGGGGACCAGAAAGUCACAUUGAUCUUGAGAUGCCAGGGAGACCAAAAUGACAAAAUGAUCGACCUAGGAAGAUUCUCACCAUCAGCCCACGAUACGCCUCCAAGAAGAGGAGGAAGCAAGAGAAGGAAUUGGCAAAGCCAGCAGCGACCCUGGCAGUCUAAUAAACCUCAGGUUUAUCCCUCUGCCCGCCGCUGCCUGGGGCGGGGCCUCCGGGCGGAGGAACGGCCGGCCGCGUGGCCAGAGGUGCAGUGUACCUCCCCGGAAAGGGUCCGCUCCUCUGACCUGGCAUCCUCCACUCCUGCAAAAUGGGCUUCCUGGUCCUGCUUCUGAUCGUCUGGUCCAGCGGGACACCCGGUGCCCAGACCUGGAGAGCCGUGGUGUGAGGUUCAAGACCAGGUGGACGGAGAGGUUUUUCUCUCCUAUGACUGUGGUCAUGCUAAGAUCAUAUUCACAAGUCCAUUGGGAGAAGAAGUGAAAACCAUAACGGCCUGGGAUAC